CCAAAAAUAAAACUCUUUGGAGAGUUUAGGACUUAGAAAGUUUGAGGAACGAAUUAAAACUAUGCUGAACUUCGGGAGCAAAUUGUAAUUGUCCCUUUUACUUACCACACGGUCCACACCCGAACUCAAAAUAGGGCUUCGCCUCGAGUUCUCACUCCAUGGCGGAUCCGCCAUCGCCAUCGAAGCUUCAUCGCCGCCAAUAAUGGCGUCGCUCCGCCCCCUCUCCCGCGGCCCCUUCCUCCUCCUCCUCAUCUUCUUCGUCUUCUCUCUCUCCCUCCUCCGUCCGAUUCAGGGCAAUGGCGGAUCCGACGGCGGCGGAGGAGGAGAGGAGUUCUCCGAGGAGCUUCUUCUAAAGCCCUUGCCCGAUCGAAAGGUCCUCGCCCACUUCCACUUCCGCAGCGCCGCCCCUCCCUCCGCCGCCAAUGGCCGCCACCACCACCUCUUCCCCAAAGCCAUCGCCCAAUUGGUCCAGAAGUUCCAAAUUAGGGAACUGGAGUUGUCAUUCACACAAGGAAGAUGGAACUAUGAGAGAUGGGGUGGAUCUGAUCCCAUUUCAACUAGAAAUGCAAAGCCCCCUGGCGUUGAGCUGUGGGCCCUUUUUGACCUUCCAACAGAAGAGAUCGAUCCCACAUGGAAAAAUCUCACGCAUGCCCUGUCAGGCCUAUUUUGUGCUUCUAUUAAUUUUCUAGAAUCCCCCACUGCUUAUUCUUCUCCUUACUGGGGAUUCCUCUCUAAUAAUGGCAAUUUACGAUAUGGUGCUCUGCCCCGCGAAGCUGUAUGCACUGAGAAUCUAACUCCUUGGUUGAAGAUUCUUCCUUGUCGAGACAAAGCUGGCAUUGCUUCUCUCUUGUACAGGCCUUCCAUUUACAAAGGAUAUUACCAUUCCCAAAGAUUGCGAUUAUUAUCAUCUGAAUCAAAGGGAAUUAUUCUUGAGCAGACAUUGACGGUUGUACUCCAACCAAAUUCAUAUACAAGUAGCCUACUAUCUUCUAGUGAUGCACAACUUCAGCCAAGUUGGUCAUUGAGUCAAUUGUUUAAGAAGGAGAUGACCGGAAAAUGCGUUCUUGCUAAGUCCAGCAAAAUAUUUCUUGAACUAGAGAGGGGUUUACUUGAAAAGAUUGUUGAAAUACGUGAUGAUUCUUGGAGUAAUUCUUUCUUUGAUUUGUUCCCUUCCCCUGAUAGGGAAAUUAAAGAGUUGGAAAAUUCGAACGGUCAAGUUGGUUCUUCCCUAUACGAAUACAAAGUGGAUAACUCCAAUGAGAACAAGCCUUUGGAUGUGGGAAUAACAUGGAAGCUACCUUUGGUCUGGUCUAGUGUCCAUGCGCCAUUUCAAGCAAGCCGGUUUCUUAUGGGAAGUGGUAAUGAGAGAGGAUCUAUUGCUAUCUCACUACAGUCCACUCAAACACAUGAUCAAUACUUUGGUGAUUUGAAUGAUUGUACAGUGCCGGUCAUUGUUUUACAGGUGGUUCCUUGGUACGUUAAAGUGUAUUAUCAUACUCUACAAAUCUCUAUAGAUGGGAAGCCUCAGACUUUGUCAGAUGUGAUUGAGAAGAUUCAAGUUACUCCUUCAGAGGACAAGCUGUUACCGGGGACAUUAGAAAUUAUGCUCAGAUUUCCUUGCAGCAUGCUCUCAGCUACAUUAUCAUUAGAUUUUGACAAGGGAUUCCUACACAUUGACGAAUAUCCUCCAGAUGCUAAUCAGGGAUUUGACAUUCCUUCAGCUUUGGUUACUUUUCCUAAUAUUUAUUCAAGCAGGAGCUAUCCUGAUUAUGAUGUAUCUGACGAUUCCUCGCUGCUCCACAAUCUGCAGGAAAAGUAUCUCGUACGGUCUUACACUGAAGUAUUGCUCGUGCCUUUGACAACUCCUGAUUUUAGUAUGCCAUACAAUGUCAUCACCUUUACGUGUACCGUAUUAGCACUAUAUUUUGGCUCGUUGCUCAAUGUCUUGAGGAGGAGGAUUGGUGAGGAGGAGAGAUUAUUAGCCAAAAAAGAUUCAGCAAGGCCUGGUCUUGUGCCUCUACUAUUUUCUAGGCUAUCUUCCAAGCUAAAAGGACGUAAGCUUCUUCUAAAAGUUGUAUUUGUUGCUUUAGUAGCUGUUGUUUGGCAUUAUUUUUUGAACAGUAGCUGAGAUUUAGAGCUGGUUAAUUUUGGAAGUAUACAAACUUCUGAUUGAUUUUUGUAGGUGAUAUCGUGACGCUAUCUAGAAAAAUAGUUUAUUCCGGAACACAUUGCCUGUGCUUUGUUCAUAAACUCUUAUUAUUCGGCUAAUGCUUUUCUAUCGUAGGAUCAUGUGUUGCACCUAAA